CCUUUCGACAUUCUCUCCCACGCCGUGUCGGUGGGCCGUCAGGUGGUGGUGGGUGGGGGUUGGCUUCACUGAGAGCCCGGGGGUGGUGGUGGAGGAGGAGGAGGAGGAGGAGGAGGAGGCGGCUGAGGGAACUCCCACCCUCCAUCUCUAACUGACUCCGAGGAGCCGGCCCUCGGGGGCCAUGCCGUCGUUUUAAAACAAAAGAGGCCGCGAGAGAUGAGGGAAGGUUCUGGGGAAGAGGGAGAGAGCAGGAGCGGGAGGAGGAGGAGAAGAAGGAGGAGGAGGGUGAAGGGGAAGGCCUCAGUGUCCGGGCCGCGCCUGCUCCCGCCACCGGCGGCAUCUCACCGAUAGGGAGGCGGGACGGUGGGGGAAAAGAAACAACAAAAUCCUCAAAAACAAACAUCCCGACAGAAACUGUUUGAAGAAAAGAUUUUUGAAAAAGACUAAAAGCUUCCCGUUGACGCAGCGAUGGGCUCGAGAGGGAGCGGCGGUGCCCGGGGCUCGGUACCUCACCUCGGCUGCGGUUUGUCUUCACUCGGGAACCCAGAGAGCUGAAGGCGGCCCAGGACAUAGACAGGGUGGGUCCGGCCAUCCCCGGUACCUGCACCCCCUCCAACCGCCGUCUCUCCAUGCGGCACCGCUGAUUUGGUUUUGGUUUUUAAUUGCUGUUGAUUUAAAAAAAAAUUGGGUCGUCGCUGCUAUUUUUGUCUUUUGUUUCCCCCCUGGCUCCGGCUCCGGCUCGGCCCCCGCCAUCCCGCUCCGAUGGCACUAUGUUACCAGUUCCAGCUCCCGGUGCUGCCCCUCGACAGACCGGUCCCCAAACACGUCCUGAGCCGCAGAGGCGCCAUCAGCUUCAGCUCUAGCUCGUCCUUGUUCGGCUGCACUAACCCCAGAGUCCUGUCCCAGAGACGAGGAGCCAUUUCCUAUGAAAGCUCAGAUCAGACUGCGCUUUACAUUCGUAUGUUAGGGGAUGUACGCGUAAGGAGCCGGGCAGGAUUUCAACCUGAAAGAAGAGAUUCUCAUCCUUAUGUUGAUUUUCGCCUUUUGCACUUAUCCCCAGAAACCGGAGAAUUGGCUUCAGCAAGGAAGAUCAGAAGGUUGCUUAGUUUUCAAAGAUAUUUUCGAUCUACUCACUUAUUUCGUGGUGUUCCUUCUCUAAAUUCUCUCAGCGUUCUGGAUGAUAACUACAAUGGCCAAGCCAUGUGUAUGCUAGAAAAGGAUGGAAAUUGGAAUUUUGACAUCUUUCUUUUUGACAGAUUAACAAAUGGAAAUAGUCUGGUUACUUUGACCUUCCAUUUGUUUAAAUACCAUGGACUUAUUGAACAUUUCCAUUUGGAUUCGGUUAAACUGCGUCGAUUUUUGGUAAUGGUCCAGGAGGAUUACCACCGUAACAACCCUUAUCACAAUGCGGUACAUGCUGCUGAUGUAACUCAAGCCAUGCAUUGUUUCCUAAAGGAAACCAAGCUUGCCAACUCUUUUUCUCCGUGGGAUGUUCUAUUGGGUUUGUUGGCAGCUACCACACAUGACAUGGAUCACCCUGGUGUUAACCAGCCUUUCCUCAUUAAAACCAAUCACUACCUAGCAAGUUUAUAUAAGAAUACCUCGGUGUUAGAAAACCAUCAUUGGAGAUCUGCAGUCUGUGUGCUCCAGGAAUCUAAAUUAUUUUCACAUCUUGCAGUUGAGGAAAUCUAUCAAAUGGAAAGCCAGUUGGGUUCCCUGAUCCUAGCCACAGAUAUAACUCGUCAGAAUGAGUUUCUGUCACAGCUUCGAACUCACUUGGACAUGAGCGAUCUGCAUUUAGAUGAUGCAGGUCAUCGGCAUUUCAUGCUUCAGAUAGCACUGAAAUGUGCAGAUAUCAGUAACCCAUGCCGGCCUUGGGAACUGAGUAAGCAAUGGAGUGAAAAGGUAACCCAGGAAUUCUUCCAUCAAGGGGAUAUUGAGAGGAAGUAUAAACUAGAUAUAAGUCAGUUGUGCGAUCGUCAUACAGAAACUGUAGCCAAUAUUCAAAUAGGUUUCAUCACUUACGUAGCAAAACCUCUUUUUGUGGAGUGGUGUCGAUUCUCCAACACAACACUGUCACAGACUAUGCUUGGACACCUUAGCCUGAAUAAUGCUAGCUGGAAGGGAUUACUACAGGAACAGUCCCAAGGUGGAGAUGAUACUGAUUUUAUUUGAGCGGAAAUGGACUGAAUUAUUACCUCAGGAAAGCCAUGAAUUAUUUUAUCCCACCCACCUAACUUGUUCUGCUGGAAGUGGACAGUUAAUUUUCUGCCUCUUCAGUGGAAUGCAAAUGUGAUGAUGGUUUUGGUUGGGGGGGCACUGAGAUACAUUUGCAGGCUCUGACUGUCACGGUUGCAUGUGUACCCGUGUCAUGGCUAAUGUAAUUUCAUGCUUUUUUCAAAGCAUCAUAUUCUUCGCCCCUUGCUAGGCCUGAACAUAAAGCAAUACACAAAUACCUCAGUUGGCUUUUGUGAGACAUUGAGCACGUAAACUACAGUGGUGGCCAAACUGAAGGGAGUGGAGAAAGGAGGGUGACAGUGUCCCAGAAAGUGCCAUUUAUCAAUGGUUAGUUUGAAUAUUUGUAAUACAGACUGAUAUUUAGAAUUUCUGCACUUGGGAUUUUCUGUGGUUUUUUUUAUUUAGAUGGCUAAAAUAUGAACUUAGUGAAAAUCUUCUGAUAUUGGUACAACGAAGAGUUUUUGUUCUCUUCCCACCAUUUAUGAGUGACUGCAUGCAAAGAAGCCAGUCCUUUUCUGCCUCAGAGAUUUGUUUACAAUGCUGUAUUUUUGAUACUGUUUGGUUCUGGUUCUUGCCUUGAAGCAUAGUGGAAAAGGAACCACAAAAUUCAGAAAUGCUGUUUGGUAAGAAGAUAGAACAAAAUAAAUGCUGCAGCUCGAUCUUCAUCUUUGUGAUGCCAUUUACAUUCCCAUGGAAGCCUCUCUUCUGCCAUGGUGUUCCUUUAGUGCACUGUGAAUCCAGCCUUCAUCUCUGACCACAACCAGCUUUACUUCAGCAAGUCUGGUAAAAGAGUGCUGCUGGCCUUUGCCUUUUAUUGGGGAGAUUUGAAGAAAUAGAAAAACAGAUUAGUGGGUGAAGCCAAUGUGUGGUUUUCAUGCAUGAACUGAACUUAGUGAUAGUGGCAGUAAAUUGUUAUAAGGAUCAGCUCAGGAUAUUUGCCUGUGUUUCUGGAGCAUGUGAUUGUGGUACCCAAGAAUAAGUAUGUGAACAAAGUGCCACUUUCACCAAUUAGUUUUCUUCAAAAUGUGACAUCUGUGUAGGCAGAUUGAAGAAAAACUCUUAACAUUGCUACAGAUGCCUUAAAACUAUGCACAAAGCUAAGUGACCAAAUCUGUUUUUAUUUUGAAAAGUGCAUUGUUCCUCGAUCUUUUUGCGAGUGAAUUGUUACUCUUUUUUGCAAGUGAAUUGUUACUCCCCUGUGGGCCUCGUUUGAUGUGAAAAGAUGAACCCUUUGUCGGAUAAAAUUGCAGAUGUUAUUUUAAACUUCAAACAUUCCAUUUUGUAUUUUACAAUGUUUUAAAUAGUUGUUGAUUAUGUACAGUAAAGCAGAACUGUAUCUUAGGUUUGGCGUUUUCCAGUGAAACAAACUUGGUGCUUUUCUCUUUUUUUUUAGUGAACUUGUAUUUCAGGACUGUUUAAAAGAAUUCUGUUUACAAUUUGUUGCAACAGCCAUCUUUGAGAGAUGAAGGCUUCAAUGUUAAGCUUAGGGACAUUACCAAGUUGUUGGCAGGGAUGCCAUAUUUUGAUAUGUGCCUGUUGCUGUUCAAAAUUUUGAAUUAAAAAAUUGACAUACGUUUUGAACUACUUGUCUAUUUGAUCUGUGAAAUUUUAACACUUGGAUUAAUAAGAGUUUGCACUUCAAUGUAAACAUUUGCUCAGUAAAAUGUGACAAUCUUCAUAAUUCAUGUUUUUUGUAACAGUGCUGGUUUUGGAACUAUAAUAAAUCAUCAACCAACUGCAAAGAUCUGUAGAAAGACUGCAUUUAGCUUAAAAAAAAAAGCAAUGUGUGAAAAUAAUUAACCCACAUAAAACAAAUUGUUUGUAAUGCCA